UUUCGACGUCACGAGAGCGACACAUGCGGCGGUCUUUUUUCGACAUCGCAUCUCAGACCGUGAACUGGUGAAGUUGUGGUUUGUGGUGGUAUUUUGGAAAUAAAGUCACUAAAGUCACUAAAGUCAUGGCUGUAGCUCCAGUACCUGGUAGAAAACGACUUCUAAAGGAGGAAGACAUGACCAAGAUCGAGUUUGAGACCAGCGAGGAGGUCGAUGUUACUCCUACAUUCGACACAAUGGGCCUACGAGAGGAUCUUCUCCGGGGGAUAUACGCUUACGGUUUUGAGAAACCAUCAGCCAUUCAACAGAGAGCAAUCAAACAGAUCAUCAAAGGAAGAGAUGUCAUUGCACAGUCUCAGUCCGGUACUGGAAAGACGGCUACCUUUUGUGUUUCCGUGCUGCAGUGUCUCGAUAUUCAGGUGCGUGAAACUCAAGCUCUGAUCCUGGCUCCUACCAGAGAAUUGGCUGGACAGAUACAAAAGGUCCUCCUUGCGCUGGGUGACUACAUGAACGUUCAGUGUCAUGCCUGCAUUGGAGGAACUAACGUGGGUGAAGAUAUCCGCAAGCUGGACUAUGGCCAGCACGUUGUAUCUGGGACGCCCGGGAGAGUUUUUGACAUGAUCCGCAGGAGAAGCCUGAGGACACGUGCCAUAAAGAUGCUGGUUCUGGAUGAGGCAGACGAAAUGCUCAACAAAGGUUUCAAAGAACAGAUCUACGACGUGUAUCGUUACCUGCCCCCCGCCACCCAGGUGUGCCUCAUCAGUGCCACACUUCCCCAUGAGAUUCUGGAGAUGACCAACAAGUUCAUGACUGACCCCAUCCGCAUCCUGGUCAAACGUGAUGAGUUGACACUGGAGGGCAUCAAGCAGUUCUUCGUGGCCGUGGAGAGAGAAGAGUGGAAGUUUGACACCCUGUGUGACCUCUACGACACCCUCACCAUCACUCAGGCUGUCAUCUUCUGCAACACCAAGAGGAAGGUUGAUUGGCUCACAGAGAAGAUGAGGGAGGCCAACUUCACCGUGUCCUCCAUGCAUGGAGACAUGCCCCAGAAGGAGAGAGAGUCCAUCAUGAAGGAGUUCAGAUCUGGGGCAAGCCGAGUACUGAUCUCCACAGACGUGUGGGCCCGAGGUCUGGACGUGCCCCAGGUGUCUCUGAUCAUCAACUACGACCUGCCCAACAACAGAGAGUUGUACAUCCACAGGAUUGGCCGAUCAGGUCGCUACGGCCGUAAAGGUGUGGCCAUCAACUUUGUGAAGAAUGAUGACAUCCGUAUCCUCCGUGAUAUUGAGCAGUACUACUCAACACAGAUCGAUGAAAUGCCAAUGAAUGUGGCUGAUUUGAUCUAAGGCGACAACAAACCCAUCUACAGCUUUGAUUUUGCUUGGACCCCAUUUAUUUACUGUUUGAAUUCCUGUCUCCUGCGUCUUUUUUUAAUAGUAAUUUUGGAACUUUGAAGUCUCAUUGUUAUGACUUGUAUUUUUAGGGAAAUACUUACUGUACCAUCAGUUUUGUAAAUAAAGAAUCUUUGUUGCCCUUUC